UAGAAAUCCCCGCUGGAUAUUGGCACUACUGAAAAGCCCAAUGGCAGGCAGGGCAUUGCCUCGUAAGCCCAUUCUGUUCCAUGCUCGGCCCAGAAAGCUCCCGCCAGAGCAUUAAUACAGUCCGUGACCACAGCAGCAUCUGUUCUAUGUAGUAAUAACGCAAGUGAACCAUCGCCAAGCGCACCAAUCUUUCUUUGCAUUUUCCUUCUGCACAGCUCGAAGCUAUGUCGUCAUCCUCGUCCAUGCUUCAAAAUUGCAAGAGACUGCUUAGCAUCAGCCUGUGUGUAAUAAUCAUCGCCGUCGGCGUCAAGGUCGACGCGUCCGGCGCCGCCGCCGACCAGUUCGUCUACUCCGGCUUCGCGGGCGCCAACGUCACCCUCGACGGCGCGGCCGUGGUCACGCCAUCAGGCCUGCUCGAGCUCACCAACGGCACGCUCCGGCAGAAGGCGCACGCCAUCCACCCUGCGCCCCUCCGCUUCCGGAACGGCACGCCGGAGACGGCGCGGUCCUUCUCGGCGUCCUUCGUGUUCGGCAUCCUCUGCCCGGACACUGACGCCUGCGGCCACGGCAUCGUCCUCUUCGUCGCCCCGGGGAGCUACGACCUGUCCGCCGCGUUCCCGAGCCAGUACAUCGGCCUCGUCAACGGCACGACCAACGGCGAUGCCGGCGACCACCUCUUCGGCGUCGAGCUCGACACCGACCAGAACAACGAGUUCCGGGACAUCGACGGCAACCACGUCGGCGUCGACGUCAACAGCCUCGAGUCCGUGUCCUCGGCCACCGCCGGCUACUACGAUGAUCGCGGCGGCGGCGGUGCCUUCCGCAACCUGACCUUGGCUAGCGGCGAGGCGAUGCGGGUGUGGGUGGACUACGACGGCGAGGAGAAGCGGAUCGACGUGACCAUGGCUCCCCUGAGAAUGGCCAAACCGAGCAAGCCGCUGAUCUCCACCGCCUACGACCUGUCCUCGGUGCUCACAGAUGUGGCUCGCGUGGGCUUCUCCUCGGCGACAGGCUCCUUCAACUCACGGCACUAUGUUCUUGGUUGGAGCUUCGCCAUGGACGGACCUGCUCCGGCCAUUGACAUCUCCAAGUUGCCAAAGCUGCCUCGCUUUGGUCCCAAGCACCGAGCCAGAUUGGCCGAGAUCGUACCGCCGGUAGCCACCGCAGGGCUCAUCUUGUCCGUGGGUGCCAUUGUGGUUCUGCUGGUGCGGAGACGGUUGCGGUACAGUGAGGUCCAGGAAGAUUGGGAGGUUGAGUUUGGGCCACAUCGGUUCUCGUACAAGGAUUUGUUCAAUGCAACCGAAGGAUUCAAGAACAAGAACCUACUCGGUGUCGGAGGGUUUGGGAGGGUGUACAAGGGUGUGCUUCCAGGGUCAAAAAUGGAGAUCGCCGUCAAGAAAGUGUCGCACGACUCAAAGCAGGGCAUGAAGGAAUUCAUAGCAGAGGUUGUCAGCAUUGGCCGCUUGCAGCACCGUAACCUUGUGCAGUUGCUUGGUUACUGCAGGCGAAAGGGUGAACUUCUCUUGGUCUACGAGUACAUGUCGAAUGGGAGCCUUGAUAAGCACUUGUAUGGUGGUAGUGACAAGCCAAUUCUAGAUUGGGACCAGAGGUUCAAGAUCAUCAAAGGAAUCGCUGCCGGGUUACUCUAUCUCCACGAGGAGUGGGAGAAAGUAAUCAUCCACCGUGAUAUCAAGGCAAGCAAUGUGUUGCUUGACAAUGACGUGGAUGGUCGACUUGGUGACUUCGGCCUCGCGAGGUUGUAUGAUCACGGUGCCAACCCACAUACCACUCAUGUGGUUGGAACCAUAGGGUACCUAGCUCCUGAGCUUGGGCGCACAAGUAAAGCAACCCCUCUGACCGAUGUGUUCGCCUUCGGCAUAUUCGUUCUUGAAGUCACUUGUGGACAAAGGCCCAUCAAGCAAAAUUCAAACGGUGACCAACUCUUGCUGAUGGAUUGGGUUGCUGACCAUUGGCACAAAGGAUCACUGACCGAUACCGUGGAUGCUAGGCUCCAUGGAAGCUACAACGUUGGUGAGGCAUCCCUAGCGCUCAAGAUAGGAUUGCUAUGCUCACACCCCCUUUCCGGUGCGAGGCCUAGCAUGCGCCAAGUCAUCAAGUACCUCAACGGAGAUAUGCCACUACCGGAGCUGAAUCCGACACUUCAAAGCUUUGAAUCUCUUGCGCUGAUGCAAAACGAAGGGUUUGACUCUUCAAUCAUACCCUUCCUUCUAACCAUCCUUCUCCACUCCCUGAAUCCUGCUACGGCUGUCAGUGCUACUGCUACCACCGGCCAGGACCAGUUCGUCUUCUCUGGCUUCGCCGGCGCCAACCUCACCCUCGACGGCACGGCCACCGUCACGGCGGACGGCCUCCUCGAGCUCACCAACGGCACGGUCCAGCUCACGGGCCACGCCUUCCACCGCGCCCCCGUGAGCUUCCGCACAUCUCCCGGCGGCGCGGUGCGGUCCUUCUCGGCGUCCUUCGCGUUCGCCAUCCUCACCACCUACCCGGGGCUCAGCUGCCACGGCAUCGCCUUCGCCGUCGCUCCCAGCACGGACUUCUCCUCCGCGCUGGCCGCGCAGUACAUGGGCCUCGCCAACAUCGACGACAACGGCAACGCGACGAACCGCUUCUUCGCCGCCGAGAUCGACACCAUGGAGAACGUGGAGUUCCAGGACAUCAACAACAACCACGUCGGCGUCGACAUCAACGGCCUCCGCUCCGUCGAGGCGCACACCGCGGGGUACUACGACGACACCAACGGGAGCUUCCAUGGCAUGAACCUGAUCAGCGGCGAGGUGAUGCAGGCGUGGGUGGAUUACGACGGGGAGGCCGCGAGGAUCAACGUCACCAUCGCUCCCAUUGCCGUGACCAAACCAGUAAGGCCACUCGUCUCUGCAAGGUACAACCUCUCCAAUGUGCUCAGGGAGCCGUCAUACAUUGGCUUCUCAUCCGCGACCGGCCCGAUAAACUCUCACCACUACAUUCUUGGCUGGAGCUUCGCCAUGGACGGAUUUGCUCCGGCGAUCGACAUCGCCAAGCUGCCAAAGCUACCUCGCCUCGGCCCGAAGCCUCGAUCCAAGGUCUUGGAAAUCUUGGUGCCGAUUGCCACGGCAGCUUUCAUUGUCACCCUAGGCACUCUUGUAGUUGUAGUCGUUAGAAGAAGAAUGAGGUAUGCCGAGCUCCGGGAGGAUUGGGAGGUCGAUUUUGGGCCUCACCGGUUCUCGUAUAAGGAUUUGUUCCAUGCUACCGAUGGGUUCGAGGACAAGCAUCUUCUCGGGAAAGGAGGGUUUGGAAGGGUGUAUAGAGGACUCCUUCCGAAAUCUAAAGUGGAGGUCGCCGUGAAGAGGGUGUCACAUGAGUCGAGGCAGGGAAUGAAGGAGUUUGUUGCCGAGGUUGCUAGUAUUGGCCGCAUCCGACACCGUAACCUUGUGCAGUUACUUGGCUAUUGUCGGAGGAAAGGUGAACUCCUUUUGGUGUAUGACUACAUGUCUAAUGGCAGCCUAGACAAAUACCUGCAUUACGAAGUGGAGAGACCAACGUUGGAUUGGGCUCAGAGGUUUCAAAUCAUCAAAGGAGUUGCAUCUGGUUUGUUAUACCUUCAUGAGAAGUGGGAUAAAGUUGUCGUUCACCGGGAUAUCAAGGCCAGCAAUGUGCUCCUCGACAAAGAAAUGAAUGGGCGGCUUGGUGACUUUGGCCUUGCAAGGUUAUAUGACCAUGGCACCGAUCCCCAAACCACUCAUAUGGUUGGCACCAUGGGUUACUUAGCUCCAGAGCUACUGCGCACAGGCAAGGCAUCACCUCUCACUGAUGUUUUUGCUUUUGGCACAUUCCUCCUUGAGGUAACAUGUGGGCAAAGGCCAAUCAAGGAAGACGCACAAGGCGAUCAACUGUUGUUGGUCGAUUGGGUACUCGAUCAUUGGCACAACGGGACUCUCCUUGAGACAGUGGAUACAAGGCUGCAAGGCAACUAUAACACUGAUGAAGCAUACCUUGUGCUAAAGCUUGGACUGCUCUGCUCACACCCAUCUGCAAGCUCAAGGCCAAACAUGCAAAAUGUCUUGGAUUACCUUGAUGGACAUGCACCGGUUCCAGAAUUGGCAUCAACACAACUGAGCUUCAACAUACUAGCCCUUUUGCAAAACAAGGGAUUGGAUCCAUAUAUUGUGUCAUGCCCUCCAUCAUCAAUGAUGAGCUUCGGAACUAUAUCUGAUCUAUCAGGAGGGAGAUGAUACUCACUUGAAUGUUUUUCCCUUUUUAUGAAGGAACAACAGGGUUGCUCCUAUUGAUUACAGUAGAUAAAAAUAUACUAAUGGUAGAUAUAGGAUUUACAUUGGAGGCAGGAAGGAAUAGUGUCUAUUUAGCCAAUUACAGUUAUCUUGAAGAUAUUUUCCUUUUGCCCUAUGGAUAGCCAUGGAAAAUUAAAUAUAUUCUAACUUGCAUAGGGCAAGAUCCUACUCCAUUGUAAUAUUAGAACAUAAGGAAGAAUAUAGUGAAGUACAAGAUAGGCAAAAGGGAGUACUAUGAUAGUGACAUGUGUGGAGGAUUUGGC